CUCUCCACUGAUCAAUGAGCGAAGAAGAGCCGCUUUUCUCAGUUCUGUCUUUCAGUUUCUCUCUUCCAGGAAGGGGAAAAUUCCCACAUUCACAGGCAGAAAGUGGGGGAAGGGACGGAUUGAGAAAGAGCCGGCUCCAGCUUCUGGGAGCUCUCAGCAUUCAUCGCGAUUCAAUCCCCCCUCCCUUAUUUUUAUCCAAAACUGAAAAGGCAAAACUGAAUCAUGCAGGGCGCAUCUCUCGAGGCAGAUCUGUUGCAAACCUUUUGGGUUUGCCUUUUUGGAAAGAUGAUCGGAGGAACUUCUCUAUAAAACGCCUGCGGUUGGCUGGGAAAGGAUUUUUGCUCGGGUUGGAGGAAGAGGAAAGGAAAGAGAGGGGAAGAAAAAAAAAGAAAGCUGAGAACUUCCUGGUCUCUUUAUUUCCUCCUCUUCUGAGACAUGUCUGAGGGUCCUGGCCAGUGUUGCAUAAAGCAGGAAAGGAUUUCAUACACCCCUCCAGUGAGCCCGGUAACAAAUUACACUUCCUCAUCGCCACUACAUGUCCCAGUUCCUCGAGCAAUCAGGAUGGAGGAAGAUGCGAUCAGACUCCCAGCCCAUCUGCGCUUACAGCCCAUAUAUUGGAGCAGGGACGAUGUGGGCCAGUGGCUGAAGUGGGCUGAGAAGGAGUUCUCGUUGAGACCCAUUGACAGCAACACUUUUGAGAUGAAUGGCAAGGCGCUCUUGCUUCUGACCAAAGAAGAUUUUCGAUACAGGUCUCCACAUUCAGGUGAUGUGCUAUAUGAGCUUCUUCAGCAUAUCUUGAAGCAAAGGAAUUCUCAUGUACUGUUUUCACCAUUUUUCCACCCUGGGAACUCUAUCCAUGCUCAAUCAGAUGUCAUGUUACACCAGAACCAUGAUGAAGACAAUUUUGUCCACAGACCUUCACGACAAUCGGCAGAUGCAGUCCAUCAGAAUCCACCGACCAUUGAACUGUUGCAUCGUUCUAGAUCUCCCAUCAGUGCCAACCACAGGCCUUCACCUGAGCCCGAGCAGCGGUCAUUGAAAUCGCCACUGGAGAACACUGUUCGUCGUCUCUCACCAACUGAAAGGCUCUUGGGGACGAGACACCACCAGGAAAACAAUCACCAGGAGUCUUACCCUCUCUCAGUGUCUCCUAUUGAGAAUAACCACUGCCCAACCCCUUCUGAAGUGCUUCAGAAACCUUCCAGCCCCCGGCAGGAAAAUACCAGGGUGAUCCAGCUGAUGCCCAGCCCCAUCAUGCACCCUUUGAUACUGAACCCUAGGCACUCUGUCGAUUUCAAAGCCUCGAGGUUGUCUGAAGAGGGGCUGCACAGAGAGGUGAAGCCCAUCAACCUCUCCCACCGAGAAGAAUUAGCAUACAUGAACCACAUCAUGGUCUCUGUCUCCCCUCCUGAAGAGCACACAAUGCCAAUUGGAAGGAUAGCAGACUGCAGGCUCCUUUGGGAUUAUGUCUAUCAGCUGCUGUCAGAUACCCGGUACGAAAACUUCAUCCGAUGGGAGGACAGGGAAUCCAAGAUAUUCCGGAUAGUGGAUCCUAAUGGGCUGGCCCGGCUGUGGGGGAACCACAAGAACAGAACAAAUAUGACCUACGAGAAAAUGUCUAGAGCCCUGCGCCACUACUAUAAAUUAAAUAUUAUCAGAAAAGAACCAGGACAAAGGCUUUUGUUCAGGUUCAUGAAGACCCCAGAUGAGAUUAUGAGUGGUCGCACCGAUCGCCUGGAGCAUCUUGAAUCUCAGGAACUGGAUGAGCAAAUAUACCAAGAAGAUGAGUGUUGAAGGAACCGCUCCUUCUGCUUCUCUUUGGUCUGUGGAAGAACAGUCUGUAUGGAGGCACAUUUGGGUGGAAAAUGAGACCCAGGACUUGGCAUUUGGAGCACCUCGUGCAGGACCCUAGAGCACCUUAGCAAAACAAAUUUGUAACAAGGGUGGCAUUGGCAGCAAGAUUUUGAAGAGAGAGAGAGAGAAACAUAGCACUACUACAUUGUUCCUUUAGAAUCUUCCUCACCCUGUAGUAGGUUUUCCCCUUUUUGGUUGGUUGGUUUUUCUUUUCUAACAUGCCAUUUGGACUUUUAAAAUGACUUUUUCGAGCAAAAUGUCAGGUUUUUGCUUAUUCUGAAGGCUUUCCUAUGGAAAUGUAGUGCAACUAUUUUCUAGACAAAGUCUCACAACAUGAUCCCAACGUAACAACAAAUAGUGACAAAUGGCACAAGAUGUGUUAGAAAGCAUCUCCAGUUGCCUAAAUUGCUUUUAUUCACUGUUGCCAUGGAGGUAGAAGAUCACGGAUUACAAUCAGUGGUUAAAAGGUAUCGGAAAUGGAGAGGCAUUUUCCUAUUAUAGAUCUGGGAGAUCUCAUCAACAUAUAUUGAGUUGGUGCCAAGUCUUGAGGUGUCAGCUAGCACCCAUUGUAUAUAGACCUUACCCAAACACCUCAGUUCUGUGAGGAUAAGAAAUAAGUAGGAGAAUCUCUAACAAAAUGCAAUAGAUUUCUCCAAGCUUUUGACCAGUCAAAUAAGGCUUAAAUGAAAACCACACUGAUAGGAUGAAUUCUUGCUUGACUAGCUCUUCUGAGCCAUCACCAGUAUAUUUGCAAUUGCCAAGAGGGAAGUUAAUUUUCUGUUCUAGGUAGAAGGAAGGCUUGAUCCUGAGAGAAGGGAAGGGGGUUAGAGCCUUCAGUAGGGUGGCUUAUUCUUUCUAGAAGCUUCCCAAGAGCAGCCCACAUGUCUCUGAGAGACUGUCAGCACAACUAGAUAUGCUAGAAAAACCACAGGUCACAUGGCUGGGCUGAUCUUUCUAUUGACUUUGUUUUGCCUUGUUCCUUUCUAAUGCAACAUCACAAUUUUCAGGCCAUCUUGCCCAUUUUUAUGUAGAAUUUAACAUAAGGAAUUGCAUUCUGUUAAAUUUAAGUGUUUUUGUUUCUGACAGCUCUAAGUUGGUUUUGCAAGCCUUUGUGAGAUGAGUUUCAGAAGUGCCUUUUGUGGGUAGGAAGUCUUUGCCCCUUAAAUCUCAAUGAGUUCUUUCUGCUGAGGGUUGUUCAAUUAUGCCGAAGUCAGCACUGUUACCCUGUGGUUCUAUGCCACCAAAUUUCUUACUCUUCAUAUGUUCGUGUGUACACCUGGUGAUAUGUGUUACAGCAUCCACACCUUACAAAAAGCCAUUGACAAGGUAGUGUAUAUUUUACACUAAAUAAAUCAACAUUCUGUGCCAAGGUAACUUAAACUCCACUUCAGGAAAAAUGAAAUUGUAUAACUUGUAUCAGAUGUGCAAAUUAAGCACAACUGCCUAUGCCUGCUUAAUUUGCAUAAUGUGUUCUAUUUCUAGUAGUUGGGGAGGGGCAUAAAGACUGAUGUCUAGAAGCCCGGCCCUCUCCAACCCCAAUGACUAGAAAUCCUGCUGCCUUUCUAAUUUCUGAAAUUUCACCACACAUUUUCAAGCCUAUCUUUAUAGCCUGAAAGGCUAGAAACUUGCUUAAAAAAAAUAAUUAAAUUUGAGAUUCUCAAGAUGCUGAGUACAGUAUUUGCAUGAUGUGGCCAUGGAAUUCACCCAACCAUGGCCAUUGGUUGAUUACACAAAGGUAUUCACUAGAAAAUUGACAAGGUCCUGUUCCUGAGAUAUUUUUUUUUCUAUAAAUGUUUACUAGUGAAAUAAAAUGUACUACUGAUCAAAAUCUUUUUUAAAAAAAAUAUUUAAAAUGCAGCAUAUGGAGAAAAUAAUUUUGCACACACAUAAAACAAACAUUCAUUUUGACACACAUGUGCCCUGUCAUUUCCCCUCUCAUUGUUCAUCAGCCUGCCCAUGGACCCCUGGCAGUCUUCCUUUCCCUUCUCCCUAAAGCUUCCAUAACCACUGCCCCAUCUCUAAUUUCUCUAUGACUUGUACUUUGGUCAGUUAGGGAGCCUGCAUGCAUUGGUCACAAGAGCUGCUCAGUCUGCAGGGCCAAUAUAAAACAGCCCCAGCAUCAUCUUAAAUGGCUAAAGAUGUGGCAAUAUUGCCAAGGUUUUAGGGAAUUGUUUCUAAUGAGCUUCAAGUCCUACUCAUUACAGACUUUAGAACUUUCAGAUUAACUGCUUUAUAUAUUUGCAGAGGGCUCAAAUUCCAUUUAUUGUUUCUGAAUUUGCAGUUUAUUAUUAAUUUUUUGCAGAUCCUUAUAUAGCUUAUAGUUGGCUCUCUCUUCUAGGUACUUAUAAGCAAUUCAAAAAGCUUAAGUCACAACUGUCAACACAGAUGCAAAUCAUAUUUCCAAAAUUAAACAAGGCUAUACUUCUAAAAGGGCAUAUACAUCUACGCAGGUUCUUACAGUACUUAUUUUCCUCCAAGGAAGCAGCUGACUGUGUGGGCAAGUGUAACAUAUGAACUGUGCAAUCAUGAGUCUGGUCUGAAACCAUUUCUGCAAUGGUAGCAGCUUGAAAAAGAAAAUUGCUGGCUGCUGGAAGAAUGAGAUAUAUUUACAACUGGAACAGUGUAUUUGUCAUAUUCAAAUCUGAGUUCUUGCUUCCUUUGGGGCAAAUUACAUUACAAUGUAUGAAGAGAGUAGCCAUCUGUCCAGUUUGUGACACCAAGUAAAACCCAUUUCUUCAUGAUGUUCUGCACUUCCCUGCCUGAGCAGUGGCAGUCAGUAAUAACCAGGAUAGAUGUUAGUUCUUGAACUAAUAGGAAACCUGGUCUUAAAAUGUAAAGAUGCUGGGAAACAGUUGUGCUGCAAGUACUCACUUUGAAGUUCUCCAUACAAACAGAGCAUUGGAAAACAACCCUGAAUUCACACAAGGGCUAAAGAUGCAAUUCUUUAAUGAUUUAUCUUUAGACAACUGCUGCCAUAUGCAAAUUAAGAAUGCAAUGGUGUGUUUGUUUUUAAAGAAAAAUCCUUUUAUUGUUCAACAUAAAUUAUAGUCUAAUGACGAUGAUGAUGAUGGCUCUUUUUCCUUUGAGGUGUUGGGUAAGGGAUUGAAUUGAAUGAAUGUAACAAAGCAAGCAAGAAUGCCUCUUCUCAGGGCCAGUGAGUUGCAAAUAAUUUUUAAAUGCUUGUAAUUACAUCAUCUCAAUAAAUUUUUUAAUAUAAAAAGAA